CGACAUCAUAUGAGAAGUCAAAACCCCUUGCACCUAGUUUAGGGUUUAAGCAGCCAAAUCAAACCAUCUCCAAUCCUCGCAAAAAACCAUCCAGUUUCUGCUUCGCUUAACAAUGGCAACCCAAAACAACGACGGAUCAGUGCUUGACCCGAACCCUGUUGUGGCGGAGAUACUGGAACCGAAGCUUGAAAAGAUUGAUACUUUGGACGCUGAAAUUCCGAUUGAAAAAAUUGUGGAAAAGAUCACGUUAGCGGGUGACCUGAACCCUGUUGUGGCGGAUACCCUGGAAGUGAAGCUUGAAAAGAUUGACAAUUUGGACGCUGAAAUUCCGAUUGAAAAAAUUGUGGAAAAUAUCACGUUAGCAGGUGACCCGAAUCUUGCUGUGGCGGGGACACUGGAACCGAAGCUUGAAAAGAUCGACAAUUGGGACGCUGAAAUUCCUAUUGAAAAUAUUGUGGAAAAGAUCACGUUAGCGGGUGACCCGAACGCUGCUGUGGCGGAGACACUGGAACUGAAGCUUGAAAAGAUUGAUACUUUGGACGCUGAAAUUCCUAUUGAAAAUAUUGCGGAAAAGAUCACGUUAGCGGGCGACCCUCUUUCAGUUGACGUGAACGAGAAUGACAAUAAGGAUAACAAUGAUGACGAAGAUGAUAGCGAAAGCGAGAGUGACAGCGAAAGUUCAGAGUCUGAGAGUUCUUCUUCAGCAUCAUCAUCAUCAUCUAGUUCUGAUUCUGAUAGUGAUGAAGAUGGGGAAAUAAAGGAUUCUGAUGAUGAAGAUGGGGAGAUAAAGGAUUCUGAUGAUGAAGAGAUGGUUAGUUGGAGUGAAGCUGAAGCUGAAGCUGAUGUUGAUGAUGAAGAUGAAGUUGUUGUAGGACCAAUUUGGUCAACGAAUGAGAUUCAGAAUUUGCCUCCAGUUCCUACUGUGGACGUGACUUUGGAACCACACCAUAAAAUGCAACCUGUUGGAGUUGUUAUGUCGACUCUUGGUCCUAAAGUCGUUGUCGAAGGAGUGGAGAAGCAUGAACCUCUUAACGAGGGUUCCAUUCUCUGGCUGACUGAAAGCCGCAAACCAUUAGGUUUAGUUGAUGAAAUCUUUGGACCAGUCAAAAACCCAUAUUAUGUUGUGAGAUACAAUUCUGAAAAUGAUAUCCCUGCGGGGAUCCAAGGGGGAACAACUUUGGUCUCAUGUGUUCCCGAAUUUGCUGACCGUGUGCUUAAUCAUAAGGAUCUUUAUAGGAAAGGCUAUGAUGCAUCUGGUCCAAAUGAUGAAGAGUUGUCUGAUGAAGUAGAGUUUUCAGAUGAUGAGAAAGAAGCUGAAUAUAGGAAAAUGCGGAGAAUGACAAAGAGAGGGAAUAGUGAUCAAAAUCCUGGCAAGAAUGGCAAGAAAAGAAACAACAAAAGUAAGUUUUCACUGAAAGAGAUGGUGCUACCUACUCCCCCUAAGACAUCUGCAGCAGCACAGCGUGUGUUACAUACUGCCCCUAAUGCACCUGCAGUAGCACCAUUGGUUAAUCAUGGAAACCAUUCUUCAUUUUUAGGCACUGGACAAGGUGGAACUACCGCAGUUUCUCCAUUUCAACCUUUAAAUGCAGGUCCUAAUUUUGCUGCAAAUGCAAUGUGGCCAAAUCAGACAACAUUUCUACAGCAGUCACAGCUUUCCCUGCUUCCGAAUGCAUUUCCUACAAAUGUCGGGUCAUAUUAUCCACAAAAUACACAAUUUUCUCAUCAGUUUCCUGUGCCAGGAGGUCCAUUUCAACAGCAACUGAAUCCCAGUUACGGAACUCACUUCCCAACUAUGAUGCCUGGGUUGCAGCCCAAUAAUAUAUAUCCACAACAGCCCAAUAUAUAUCCACAACAACCCGUGCAUGCACCGGGGUUUGUGGGUCAAAACCAAAUGCCAUUUGGUUUGAGCUCCCCCUUCCAACCGAAUCAACCAUCGCCUAUCUUUCAAGCACAACAAGGUUCCUUCCAACAGAACCAGCCACCACCUGGUUUCUCACCCACUGAAUUACAGCCAUCGCCUAGUUCUAUUUCUGGCAACCCCUCUCCAUUUCAUCCUGGUUCAUCAGCUAGUCAAGGGAGACCAACAUUCCGUGCUGCAGGAAGGAAAGGGUGGCGGCCUGCUAGGUGAUGUUGAAAUGAUUGGUCGAGUUGGGCCAUUCUGCAGGGAUUGCCCUUGCACAUUUUCCUGUAGCCUCUUGACCUCUUGAAUUAUGAAAAGAAUUCUUGGGAUGAUUCUAAAAGGGAUGAGUGAAGUUCCUGAUUACACAGGGAGGCUGCUGAAGUGGUUCAAAGCUUUCUAUCAAAAGCUUAAAAAAGGUUAGUAUGCCACGGAAUCACAAGUUUGGCUUAACUCUUUAAUAAGCGAGGGCAAUACAUUGUAGAAUGUCUGAGAUUAUAACUUAUGAUUGUAAAAUUAGCUAUUAGAUCAUAAUUAAGUUGAUAAGCACGUAACACAAACCUCAAAGGGGAUGUUUGUUAUAGAUUUUGGCGGAAUUGAUUUUGAAUGAAUUUAUUUCAAUUUAGUUUGUGUUGAGGAAUGAUGUUUAAUAGUGAACUUGAAUGGCUGGUUUUAUUUGAAGAGCUGUGAAUUUUAAUGACUGAUUUUAUUUGAAGUGUUUGUGUUCGAAUGUGAAUACUAGUAUGUUUUCUGAAUUUAAGCACA